AUGACUGGACCUAUCCCCAUAUCUUGGGCAUUAGGUAGGAUGUUGAAUAUUUCUACAAGAUCUUGGGCAGUAGGACCUCCCGUGCUAGCAGUUGCACCAUUUGUGAAGAUAGGCAUGCACCUUGAGGUGAAGUUUGUGAGUUGGUGUUCUAAAGAUGCACCAAUUUUGAAGUUCAAGAUCAUGGGCUACAAGAAUGAACGCCGGGUUGGAGUAGUUUCCAUAGGCCUUCUUGAGUUUGAGAUUAGCUUCUUUAUUCUUCCAAAUAGUAUCUUGUUGGUUUCACCCUCUUUGGUGAUACCCUGCUCAAUUCUGGUCAACAUAGAUAUGACUUAA